AUGGCCAGCGACUCGACGAGCCGUCGCUCCACAUGCUCAUCGUACCGUCGUCGUCGUAUUCUCCUCAUUCCAGCGUUUCUAUUCGCCUUUUGCCUGUUCUUUAGAACGCCAUGGUCGCUCCCUCCUCUCAACCUCUCAGGAAUAUCCUCGUCGCUUUCACGUGCCAGUAUCGUUUCGAUGGUCAAAGGUCCACCAGUGGAGGAGAUAUAUGGCUUGCUCCAUUUCGUGACGAGCGAUGACGAUCGCAUGCUGUCCCAUUCGAUAAACCCUGCUGCGCCGAUCGAUCUGAGUGUGUAUCUUGGUGGUGACCAACCGGAUUGGAAAUCCCAUAUGAGAAAGCUGAGAGAAGAGUAUCCACUGAUCGUAUUCUCGAAGUCAUAUUGCCCGUUCUCAACGAAAGCUAAGAAGUUAUUGGAGUCGUAUAAUCUUUCUCCUCCCCCUAAAAUCAUCGAAGUCGAUCUUCGAGAUGAUUGGGACUUCAUAAAGCUCAUCCUUACCCGUCUCACCGAGCAUUCUACGUUCCCCAACAUAAUCCUGAAUGGAGAGGGACUCGGCGGAAGCGACGACUUGCACACGUUGCGUGCACAAGGCAAGUUGAAGAAGAUGUUUGAGAAUGCGGGGAUGACUGUAAGGGAGGAUAACGUGAAGGAGCGAGAGACGCAAUAG